UGUGUGUGUGUAUGUAUGUAUAUUACAUGUGUGUCUAUAUAAGACGUCAGAUCUGUGUGUCUGGCUUACUUUGGAUGUAUAGAGUUGCCGCGCCGUGUGUGUAAAAACAGCCAGCCCUCCUUCUCUUGGUCUCUUUACAAAGCAUCGCUUAUAUACUACUUCUCUCUCUCUCUCUCUCAUAUAUAUACAUAUAUACAUACAUAUAUAUAUAUAUAUACACAUCAACAUUGGAUUCCGUAUUUCGUACACAUACUCAGAAAAGACCAGACUGCCAAAUUGCUAUGGUUCAUCUAAUGAUAAUGUCAAUGACACUACUGAUAACUGCUGUUGCUAUUGCUACAAGUUCUUCCACAACUGCUGAUCUCCGAGAAACUUCAGAAUUAUCAUCCUGUGCUCAGCCUUUACAGAAACAUCUAUAAAUAUGAACUGGUCUUUUCACUUUCAUCACCUGGGGUGUUGCCAGUGCUGCUAACUCAGGUGGACUAAUGCAGGCUGCAAAUAGGUCCUGCUAGCCAAUGGUAGCAAACCAUGUCUGUGCUCCGCAAUGUCUUUGGAGGAUGUGUUUCUAAUAAGAGCACAGAGAAUAUCAAAACUGAAAAACUUAAAUUUGGUGUCGCUAUUUCAGUAGCCUUAAAAGCAGAUUAUAUACCACGUCCAUUUGUGGAUCUCCUUGUAUAUAUUGCCAAAGAAGGUGUCACAACAACUGACUUAUUUCGGAGGCCAGGUAACCCUUAUGAUACCCGACGGAUUGUCAAGCGCUUAGAAGAAGGAAAACCUGUGAUAUUUACCAAUUAUAACUUUUAUACUCUGGCAUCUGUAGUCAAGAAAUUUUUAUUAAAAUUACCAGGCGGCAUUUUUACACCAAGCGGAGAAGAAAAGUUGCUUGAAGUUCUUAACAUGUCUGAAUAUUCCGAUCAGUGUCGGCAUGUUAAUCAGUUUAUCCAGUCCCUUAGUGUUAGUCACCGUCAACUUGUUUCUUUACUGUUUGGAAUAUGGUUUCGGAUUGUUAAUCAUUCCGAUAUCAAUUCCAUGACAGUGGAAACAUUGGCUCGGAGUGUUGCUGGAAGCAUGUUUUUAACGUGCGCUGAUGACCCAGACAAAGUGGAACUAGCUAUUCGGAUUAUGCAAUUACUCAUUGACAAUUUCGGAGUAGCCAAUAUGUUUGGCCAUGAAAAUAUUACCUACUUCACGCAAACUACACUCACUGGUAUUAAUGUGCGGGAAAAAUUUCGCUAUGAAUAUAAUUACCCACCUGAGGAAAUCCUGCCUCGUGCCGAUGCCCUGCCCUGGUUUAAUUUUAUCCUGCAAGAGGAAGCCAAAAUACAUGGGUUCGAUCUCCGGCAACAUGCUAUAAAUAAGGAAGAAUUUUACAAUCAAAGCCUACCUCAAGUGCGUUAUCAAUCAGAUGAAUAUGUUGGUUUGAGAAGACCUGCCCGAUUUGAUGGCAGCAAUAUCCGUUCAGAAUCUGUGGGUCCCAAUUGGCCAUCUUCCAACCGAGAGUCUCAUUCUGGUGAAGACUUACAACUAGUCGUCAAUGUUACAACGGCAUCAGCACCUGAAGUUUCAACUAUCCCUUCUCCUGAUAUUAGCAAGCGUCCAAAAUCCUUAGAAGAUAAUUUAAAUGAAUUACGAAGUGACCAUAAGACAAAAUGUUUGAGUCGCUACAACUCUGUAAGGCGCCGGCAGUUGGAGCGUUUACGGCAGAGAUCAGACUGGUUUCUUGGACCCCUGAACGAUAGUGUUUGUAGUAAUAGAAGUGGUGCCAGCAAUAACCAAAACGGUGAAAAUAUUGGCAGCAGUAGCAGUAUGGUAGAAGGUGUUUGUAGCAGAGAAGAAGGCAUUGAAAAACAGCAACACCAGCCACUGAAAGCAAAAAUCUCUGGCACUUCUGUAACAAAGUCUUCAUCAGAGGGUGCUGAACUGGAUGUGAUUGGCUCUGAUGCAGAUAGUGUUUUUACGGACAACACCAGUCGAAGUGAGUCUCCAGCUUCUGAACCAAUUAGGAGUUUAGAUAUGCGUAAACCACGCACUGUAAUACAUAGUGACACUGUAGUAGAUGCCCUGUCAGUGACUGAAAAUGUACCAGAUACACAUGAUAUAAAACAGACCUGUGAAAAUGGAGAACAAAGUAAUGUGUGUUAUUUCAUGGUUAAACACAAUUAUGGGGAAACUAAUUCCUAGCAUUGUACUUAUAUCCAAAUUUUUUCCCCCUGCCAUGUUUUUUAAAAAUAUCAAAAACAAACAAAAAAAAAACAGCAACAACAUAAAAAAAAGAAGCCACUCUGAUUGUCAUCAUUAUCAUUUUUUUUAUCAUUGACAUUUUUAAAAUGAUAUUUUUAAAAUUAUUUUAGAUUACUUAUGAAAUAUUUUAAAAUAUUACAUAUACAUUUAUACUCACACGCACACACACAAACACACACAUAUAUAUAUAUAAAAAGUACAGAAGUAAGUUUUAACUAUGUGCUUACUUUUUUUCCCUGCCCUUUCAUAAUUUUAAAGGUUGAAAUGGUUCAUAAAAUUUUUCAAUAUUUCCAAAUUUAUAAAAAUUCUUUUAGACUCUAGAAAAACUGAAGCCAUUAUCUUUUCUCUUUUAAUUAUCCUUUCCUUUUCUUUCUCUCUCUCACUCUAUCUCUAUCUCCCAGUUAUCUUUUCUAAAUAACAUCUGCAGAAUGCACAAUCUAUUUAUUCUUGAAAUUAUCCCCUUAAUGAAAUGAUGCCUUAGAAAUUUAAUUGAACAAACUUUGUCUCAAGAAGAUUAGACUUAUUGUUGCUCUCUUGAACACUAAAAUUUAAUCACAUAAUUAAUUAGCUGAAAAGAUGACUUUUUUUUUGUCCAUCAAUAAAAAAUGUUAAAGGAGAAAAAAAAUUUUUCUCUGUUAAAUCACUGAUCUCUAAAAAAUUUUUAGUUAAAUAUCAUCUUUUAUCUCAUUCAUUAAGUUACUAUUUUCAUCUCCUAGCCUUCCACAACUAUCCACAAAAUAUCUUUAUACUGAUAUUUCUGUUUUACUCUAGCAACUUUCCUCAAACUCUGUCAUUUAGUUUAUUUUCAUCACUAAUAAAUUGGCUUUUAAGAAAACAUAUUAUACAACACACAAAAAAGAAAGGAAAAUGACACUUAAAUAAUGAUACUAGAAAAGUGUGUGCAAUUAUUAACAGUACAUAUACAGAGAUAAUAAAUCAUUUAAAAAUUAUAUAAUGGUUAAUUAAUAGUUACUUUUCAUUAGUUUACAUUAUAAAUUUAACUUUUAAAUAUGUAUUGAAAAUAUGUAAUGAGAGUUUGCACUAAUUUUAUUUUUUAUUUUUAAACUUAUGUUGGUGUUUCUUUCCCUAUUUCCCUCUUAUUAAUUCCUAUAUUCUUUCAUUUGUUUAAUGAAUUAAAUCAUGGUCAUUUGAUUAAUUUCAAAUCUUCAGAGAUAAAUUAACUUUAAUUUUGUUAGAUGUUAACUUUAAUCUCUUCUUUUCUUUCUCAAGUAUGAUCUUCCCGUCUUUAAUACUCCUCUUUAAAGUUUUUAAUCACACAAUUCAAGAAAUGUUAAGCCACCCUCAUUGGUAGCAUUCUGUUUCCUCAGACCAGACUGUACAGAGAACCUUGUUUCAUCACUUGGCCCAAAAACGAUAAAUGAUGCUUCCCAUUGUGUCUUAGCAUAUUUUACAAAUGCAAAAAAACAUGAAGCAAUGUCCUCGUUGGGACAGUAAAUCUCUUGAGAUGCUCUUCAACAUUAAGCAACAUUUUAGUUAUUCUUGUGGCAUAGGUCUACUCUAGAAAAAGGUUUCCCAUUGUUACUUAAAAGUAAGAAUAACAAUAUAAAUGUAAAGUAUACAUCUCAUGCCUUACAUGUCACUGACCGAUAAUUGAUGCUGCGUUUUGAUACCUAUUGUUAUUAAUUCCUAGAAUAAAUGUAAUCUCAUGAAUU